CGAUAUAUAGCUGCGCAUGCGCAUAACGAUCAGCUGUUUGCUAUUGUGAGCUCAUUCUCGUUGGAACGUUGCUGUGUUGCAGUUUAACAUUAAAACGACGACAAGGCAAGGCCAACGUAAAAAGGCGAGAGAGAUACACACAGUAAUCAAGGAGUCAUACAACUCUAACAACCCGGCAUCAUGGCAAAUGAAGACACGGAGAAUCCAAGUCAAUUUAUAGAGAGGCCACCAGAGGAUGACCCCGGUCCGCGUGUUGGUUCCAACGAAAACACAGACAGUGUCCAUACAGACGCCACACCAGCAGAAGUGGAGCGAAAAGCCGACGAAUGUGACGACCCAAACACUUCAUGGACUGCUGAAGUAGAAGAGAGCAUGGAGAGUUCUUCUUACAACGAUUCCAUUACGAGCACAAACAGCAGAUCAGCGCUGCUAAAAGGAGAAACUGGAACUGACAGCAUUCCCCAAGAAAAAAACACAAUUCUGGAUAUUCCCUUCAUACCGAUCGUAUAUGAAUACAAGGAUUACCAAGAUGUAGCCAACGAGGACCAAUAUCGCUCUCGAUCAAACACCAUGAUGGGUCUUUUAGAGAGUCCUGCCUAUAUCGAUUCUGUUAACUGCCCGGCUCCUGACCGACGAAGACUCGCCAGGGCGUGCCGUAACGCUGUUCUUACUCUUAGUCAGGAAAUCGUGCCGAAGAAGACUAUAGAUGUUCCUCACGACCCUGCAAAGUAUGAUGACGUCAUACCGACAGGAAAUGACGUAGAGGACCCCGGUGACUUUAAUUCCAUCAAUAACCAUAGGAAUAACCUCAUGUUCCUGGGAAUCACCGUGUUUCUGAUGGCCACUGCGAUCGUAUCCCUGAAGAACUUACAAAGCAGUCUGAAUCACAUUGAUAACGUUGGUCUUUACUCCCUGGCGGCUGGCUAUGGAAGUUUUACAGUAUUCAGUCUCUUCACUCCCUUCAUAGUUCAAAGGUUCCGUCCCAAACGCUGCCUGGUUAUAGGACUCUUACCACAAGUGUUGUACGUGGUGGCUAACCUCUACCCCACGUUUGAGAUCCUCGUCACCAUGGCUUUCCUUCAGGGUAUAGGGAACGCAAUCUUGUGGAAUGCCAUAAGUACAUAUGUCACAUAUCUUGCUCGUUCAUACGCUCUCAAAAACGAUGACCGCACAGUCCAUGUUGCCAGUAAAUAUUUUGGGAUCAUUUUCUUCUUCUACCAGUUUUCCAUGGUAGUAGGUAAUCUCAUAUCAUCUGUUGUUCUCAUGCUGGGACGGUCUCAUGACGUGCCGGACACUCACAAUCUCACCGUUACAUUAUUUACCCGUUCGUCUUUCAAUCAAUCCUACAGUCAACCUUCUGCAGACGUUCUUUACUCAUCUCGGGAAGGCCGAACAGGCGUCUGUGGUAGCAAAUACUGCCAUUCCGAUAAUUUAGUACUGCCGAAUAUGACUGUGAACGAUGAAACGAAAUAUACACUCAUGGGUAUAUUUGGUUUAUGUGUUGCAUUUUCUGUCGUUGUCCCAAUGUACCUCCUGAGUGCCCUAAAGCCAUACAGGACAACACGUGCGAACUGUUCCUUGGUAUGGAAGCAGUUUACCUCCGUCCUGAAGUGCACAUGUGACCGCCGCUUCCUCAUGUUGUUCCUAGCGUUCAUGUACAGCAGUGUCCAAAACAGCUUCGUCACUGGAGACGUUACCAAGGCCUUUGUCACCUGUCCUCUCGGCAUACAUAUGGUGGGGUACACGAUGAUCUGUUUUGGUGUCUGCGGUGGUCUUACCUCCUAUCUCAGUGGUUACAUCAACAAGCACGUGGGCCAUGUCUGGUUACUAACUGCAGCUGCCAUACUAAACCUGGUCCUUCUUCUUCUGAUGUCGCUAUGGGAACCACGUGACAACGAAAUCGUAUUCUACUUUAUCCUGGUUGGCUGCUGGGGCCUCGGGGAUGGUAUAUGGAUCUCACAAGUGAGCAGUCUGAUCAGUCAAGUGUUUCCAGACUGUCUAGAAGAAGCGUUCGCGGCCCAGCGGAUGGUACAGGGUCUCGGUUCUGCCCUAUGGUUCGGCCUGGUCACUCCUCUAUGCAUAAUGACAAAGAUCACCAUAAUGGUCGCCCUGUGUAUAUUUGCCAUUGGCCUCUACAUUAUACAUGAGGUCAUCGAUAAACACAGACCGCCUGUUGAGGAGAAGGCCGAGAAAACUGCAGUUUAAGCAAACGGAUAUUUACGUAUGUUGCUAGGAUGAUUAUUGUAUGUUAACGUAUUUGACGUUUUUAUGUGUUUAAAGUCAAUUGAAGAUUUAUUCCAUUUUUGUACGAAUGCAGUUUUUCUCUUUUUACAUGUAAUAGACGAGCAUGUAUUUAUUUUUAAUAAAUGUAAAAGUACAGACGUCAGAUUUCAAUGCUUUGAAGGGAUGAAAGGAACAGAAAACUUCCCUAACAUCAAAAUACAAAAACAAUUUCUUAAACGAGAUGAUAACUGGAUAUGAUUAUUAUAACUAUUUAUUAAUUAUCAUAUCAUUCCCUAUUCUGGAUGUUGUUUUUUUUAAUUGUUUUUUUAGUUAUGAACUUUCUGCCAUUUUUUGUGUUUUGUUUGUUUAUUUGUUUAUUUUUUAUUUUAUUAAAUUUUUUAUUUUAUUUUUUUUAAUUAUUAUUUUUUCAUGUUUUUCACAGUAAGGAAUUGUUUGUUCCCACUAAAAAUGUAUUACAGCAUCUAGAAAUUUAAACACUGUUACUUACAAAGUAUUCAUCGAUUUCCACAUUGAUCGUUUGUUUCGAUCGGUUUUAACAAGCAUUUUUAGUAAAAAAAAAAUAAUAUAAUUUUCUAGUUUUGAUCCUUAUUUAAAUUUCAUUUAUUUCAAUUAUUAUUCCUAUAUAUCAUAAAACGAAAUUUAUUUCCACAUGCUCCAUUUUCUUAUGAUUUCAAUACUAACGUAAAUAGUAGGGAACAUUAACAAUCUUCAUAUAAUCAUUAUAAACAGCAAAAAUCUUUAGAUUAAUGCAUUCACUAAAUAUAUUCAUAAAAUGAAUCGUAAGUUCAGGGGACGAAAUAUAGUCCAGUGUAUGUUAUGAACUGUUCAAAGUUCAAUCGGUGUCAAUGAGUACCACAGCGUUCUAAUUAUUCUCUGUAAAUACGAGUGUCUUUCGAAGUUCAAGUAUACACUUACAAGCUCUCUUGAUAGCUGACCACCAACGAUGAUUCAUCGUCAGGAAAUAUGAUGUCACAGACAUCGUUUUAACCUUUGCCCUGUAAAUGUAAUAUAUGUUCCGUCGUGAAUUUUCCAUAUUGUAUCUUUUACAAAUGCCAGUAUAUAUUUGGGCAUACGUAGCUAGUUGUAGUUGCUAGAUGGACUAUUUCUAUUUCCUUCUUGGUAAUUCGUUUUCAAAUCUAACAUGAAUGUAUUAAUGAAUCUUUAGAUAGGGACCUAGCCGGUAGUUUAUAUUAUGGAUGAGUUCGCUCACGGAGGCUUCAAGUUCGACUCAGGGUUAAAGUCUGUUUGGUGAUAUGUAUACAUGUUGUGUACAGUAAGUCUUGUUAAGUCGUUAAACUGUUUACUUGUCAAUUCCUUAGAGGUUUAAUAUGUACAAAAAAUUAUUUUCUCAAAAUUUAUCUUUCUCAAAAGAAUUUUUAUUCAAAAUUCAACUUAAAAGGAUUGGAUGAGAAUGAUGUCAACGUGUAUGUUCAGAUUAGAUUGGAUGGAGUAUCUACGGAGAGUGAAAAACCAAAACGUAUAUCAUAGAGAACGUACUUUGGUAGGGACAAUUGUUGAGAGUCGCAUUUGCGUUAUAUGCGUAUGUGGCGUAAUAAAAUAGUAGUCUCGGAAAAUAUAUAAGGGCAUACUGAAUUGGUUGUCUAGUGGAAUGUGUAGAGGCGUACUAACUCGGCAGUCUCAGAUAAUGUAAGGGAGCAUAGUAAAUUGGCGGAACAUAUUAAGGGGCAUACUAAAUUGCGGAACACAUAAAGGGGCGUAUUAAAUUGGUCAAACAUGUGAAGGGGCGUAUUAAAUUGGUCAAACAUGUUAAGGGGCUUUUACAUUGAUGGAAAAUAUGAAGGGGCGUACUAAAUUGAUGGAACAUGUGAAGGGGCGUAUUGAAAUAGUGGAGCAUGUAAAGGGGCGUAUUAAUUGGUGGAAUAUGUGAAGGGGCGUAUUAAAUUGGUGGAAUAUGUGAAGGGGCGUAUUAAAUUAGUGGAACAUGUGAAGGGGCGUAUUAAAUUGAUGGAACAUGUGAAAGGGCGUAUUGAAAUAGUGGAGCAUGUAAAGGGGCGUAUUAAUUGGUGGAAUAUGUGAAGGGGCGUAUUAAAUUGGUGGAAUAUGUGAAGGGGCGUAUUAAAUUAGUGGAACAUGUGAAGGGGCGUAUUAAAUUGAUGGAAUAUGUGAAGGGGCGUAUUAAAUUGAUGGAACAUGUGAAAGGGCGUAUUGAAAUAGUGGAGCAUGUAAAGGGGCGUAUUAAUUGGUGGAAUAUGUGAAGGGGCGUAUUAAAUUGGUGGAAUAUGUGAAGGGGCGUAUUAAAUUGAUGGAACAUGUGAAAGGGCGUAUUGAAAUAGUGGAGCAUGUAAAGGGGCGUAUUAAUUGGUGGAAUAUGUGAAGGGGCGUAUUAAAUUGGUGGAAUAUGUGAAGGGGCGUAUUAAAUUAGUGGAACAUGUGAAGGGGCGUAUUAAAUUGAUGGAAUAUGUGAAGGGGCGUAUUAAAUUGAUGGAAUAUGUGAAAGGGCGUAUUUAGUGGACUCUUGGGGAAUGUGAAGAGUUGUACGAAAUUGGAUGUCUGAUGGAUUGCGAAGAAGCGAACAUAAUGGGUAGUCAUGGGUAAAUUAAAGUGAUAUACUAAACUUAAAGUGGUAAUAACUGAGAGUAACCUGUGUCUUGAAGAAUGUGAAGAGUGGUCCUGGAUGGGGACGCAUGCUUGUAAAGUGCGUGAUUGUGCGAUGUAUUUGUUAAAGUUUGUGUAGAUUUUAGCAACUGUAUUAUGUUAACAGUUAUUCAAGUAUUUGUAUAUAGUUUUUAGAGUCCAUGAGCAUGCCUCUAUUGUAGUAAAUAGAUCACAAUGUGCGGUUUGAUAGUUGUAAAAGAGAGCUUGUUCUGGGACACAUAUUGAGUUCAGUAUAUUAAUUUGGACAUAUUGGUGCUUUAAUUGAUAAAAAGAUAUCUGCAUAAUAUCUGUGAAAAUUAUAUAUCUCUUACUUAGUUUUUUUUGUAAAAUAAUCAUGUAUUUUCAUUGAACAGUAUUCAGCAGUUCUUUGAAACGAAAGGUUACCGAGGCUGAUUUCCUAUAUCGAUCUCGUUCAGUAAAUAUUUCUUUUAUAUUGUUAUGGCGGAUAUUUUAUUUCGUCAAUUGCUCCUGUAGCGUGAAAAACUUUAUCUCACCUACUGUCACGUGACAAACUUUUCCAUGACAACAAGGAGUGUAACUUUGAUCGUGCAACAACUCUUACGUCACCCACAACAUAAUGUCACAAUUUUAUCAUAACAAUUUAUAUCAAAUUCUGAAUAUUUUUGUUACAACUAUUGUAGUUUUACACAAAGUUAUAAAAAACAGAGUUGGUGCUUUACCGCUGGUAGAUUAACUUUUCUGAAACAGCUUAUAUCAUUCUUAUUUUGUUCCUCAAUUUUUCUUUUUUUAUGACAGACAUGCCGUUAUCUAUCCGUUAUUUGUUUGAAACUAUUUUGAUAAACAUUGUCUUCUGUGACCAAUACAUGUAAAUAGAUGCAUUGUUCUUUUCCGAAAUGUAAAUAUGUAUCAAUGUGCUCGUAAUAUAUUACUAGCAUCAUGUAGAAUACUCAUUGAAUGAGACACGAAGGCGAUCAACGCCACUUACUGCAUUUUAUGAAUGCGUACAUCAACAAUGUUUUUGUUCUACGAGCAAUAAAUUUGAACAAAAAAAAA